GGCGGCGGCGGCGGCGGCGGCGUCUCCCGCCGCGGACGUCCGGGCGCGGAACCUUGGGGCCCGGCCGAUUGGACGGUCAGUGGGUGAGCCGCCCCCGGGGAUGGGGCCGGGCUGAGCCUCCGCCGCCGGACGAGCAGGGUGGCCAGGGAUGGAGGCGCCCGCGGAGCUGAGCGUCGAAGCGGUGCUGCGCUUCCUCCGGGAGCGCGGGGGGCGGGCCCCGCACGCCGAGCUGGUGCAGCGCUUCAGGGGUGCCCUGGGCGGGGACCCCGAGCAACGCGCCCGCGCCCGCGCCCGCUUCAAGGAGCUGGUGAACGCCGUGGCCACGGUGCGCACCGACCCUGCCGACGGCUCCAAGUUCGUGCACCUCAAGAAGAGGUUCUUGGAGGGGGCCCCGCCGGACCUGCCCCGCGCCUCGGGGACCGCAGAGCCCGAGGCCAGCCGCGGCGCCCCGCCGGAGUUCCCAGACGGCGGCCAGCGCUCGGAGGCGGCGUCCCCCGCGGCGUCCCCGCGUCCGGGCGGCGGGCCGGGCGAUGGGGGGCCGCCGGGCGUGGACAGCGAGAGCUGCCGCGGGCCACCCCUGAGCGCCGGGGCCCGGCCCAGGAACCCGCGGCGGGACGCGCAGCCUAACCCCCGCGGGCCGGGCCCCGGGCCCAGCGAGGACCCGGCGCCCGCCCCCGCCCCGCCCCGCCCCGCCCACGGCUGCGCGGAGACGGACGCGGGAACCGCCCCCGGGGGAGUCAGCACCCCGAGGCCGACCCGCCAGAGCCUCCGAGACCUCGUGAUGGGCAGCUCCCCGCAGCUGAAGAGGAGCGUCUGUGCGGGGGGAAGCAGCCCGGGGAGCUCCUCUGGCGGAGGACGCGGCAAGGGCGGAGGCGACUCGGACAGCGCAUCUGUCGCUUCUUCGUCUGCAGAGGAGGAGAGCGGCGCGGGCUCGGUGACGCUGGACCCUCUGGAACACGCCUGGAUGCUUUCAGCCUCGGACGGCAAGUGGGACAGCCUCGAAGGCCUGCUCACUUGCGAGCCCGGCCUGCUGGCCAAGCGGGACUUCAUCACCGGCUUCACCUGCCUGCACUGGGCCGCCAAGCAUGGCAGGCAGGAGCUGCUGGCCAUGCUGGUCAACUUCGCCAGCAAACACCAGCUGCCAGUGAACAUAAACGCCAGGACGAGCGGAGGCUACACGGCCCUGCACCUGGCUGCCAUGCACGGGCACGUGGAGGUGGUCAAGUUGCUGGUGGGGGCUUACGACGCAGACGUGGACAUCAGGGACUACAGUGGGAAAAAGGCCUCCCAGUAUCUGAGUCCGAGCAUCGCGGAGGAAAUCAAGAACCUCGUGGGAGCCCUGGACGAGGACGAUGGAGACUGUGCCGCUGGCGGCGGGGGUGGGCGCUGGAGCCUAUCCAAGGUGCUCCCUUCACACCUCAUCACCUACAAACUCUCACACGUCCUGGAGGAUGGAGGAGACCACCACCACCACCACCACCACCACCACCACUUGACCGACGGAUGGGCUGGAGGCAAAGUGAAGGAUCCAGGUCGCAAGGCCCCUGGCAGCUCUAGUGGACGAAUAAAACCCAGACUCAAUAAAAUACGCUUUCGGACUCAGAUCAUCCACACUACACCCUCUUUUAGAGACCCGGAGCAGCCACUGGAGGAGGAGGGGGAGGAGGAAGAGGAGGAUCGGGCUCUUAAAGGACACUCAUCCUCCUUCAAAUUGAGGCCGAAGUCCAAUGUGUUUGGGUAAAAAUAAUUUCUUUUAGAAAAUACUAGGUUUAUUGGUCUUCGGAAAUAUAAUACCAAGUGUACAAGAAACUGAGACUAGAAAAGAAGGUAAAUUCUGCAUUCUUACUUGGGGCGUUUGAAUGGGUGGGAAGAAUUCCUUGAACAGCGUUCUGGGUUGCAGUAGGUUUACAGGUGGUUUCAUCAAACCUUGCCCUAGGCCCCUUUUCCCCAUGCCACCCCUCUGCCCUGGAGUCCCUGUUUCUGAGGACUGAAAAUGUAUUUAAAUUGGGUGUACAGAAUGCAUGAUUGAGGGUUCCUUUGAUUUUACCAAUACUGGCUGCCAUGCAAAAUAAGGAAUAUUGCACUUUUAUAUUUCUAUUUUUAAAAGUGGUUACUCUUCCAAGAGCAACAAGAAAUGCAAGUUGUAGUGAAAUUAUACAUGUGAACAAAACUACAUACUGCCCUGAUUUUUGGUUUUUUACUUACUGCAUUUACCUGCUAAAAUACUACUGAAGGUCAAGUCAAAGUUGAAAAGCAAAAAUACUAUUUAGAGAAUAAUGUGAAUGAAAAUAGUAUCCUGUUUGUAUCGUAAAUAGUGCUCAACUAUUUUUUUAAAGGAAAUUUCAACUUUAAUCACUGAACUAAAGAAAUAGGCAACAUUCUUCAUUUUUGAGGUAAUCUGUACUGUGGUUUCCUCUUCACUAUCUAGUAUCAGUGCACUCAGUAUUAAGGUACCUUAUUAAUAGCUACACACGUUUUUAUUUAAAGAGAACACUUAAUCUAUGGUACUUUUACUUAAACAUUGCCUCUGGUUCUGAUUCUCACUAAUUUGUUUUGCUAUUCUAAAAGGCCAGUUUUAAUUCUAGGAAUCAUAUAACCAUUGGUUCUAUUUGACAUUACCCUAUUUGAUGAUGCUUAGAUGUGAAUUGCCUACAGAAGCUGUCUCUGGUUUAGAUGACUAGCAAAAAUUGGCAUAAAUGUUAAUGAGCCUAUGCUUCUGUGAAGUAAUUAUUAAAUCAAUGAUUCUUACAUAAAGUACACUUUUAUUUUACUAAUAAAAUACACUCAUAGUCUGUGCUUUGUAGCAAUUUUGCAAAUGUUUUUAAUACUAAAGACUUUCCAUUUUCCAAUGUUUCCUUGAAUCUGAUAGAGAUGUACAGUGAAGUUAUUAAAAGGCUGGAUAGUAAAUCUACCCAGUUAAAAAUAGCACUUUAUAAAAGGGGAAAGAGAGAGAUGGGACCAUUUCUUUAUUUAAAUGCUGCUGGCUAUUGAAUUAUUUUGUAUAUAAAUGAAAAAAUACCUUUCAUUAAAAUUACAGAGUUUAAAUGUAGUUCUUAAUUAUAUUUCAUUCAAAUUUGUUAGGGUAAAUGUUUAUAUAAUUAUUGUAGAAUUUAACUCACAAGCAUAUUAAGUUGAUUUGUAACAGAUUCAAAACAACAUUGUGGGAGAUUAAUUCUAACAAAUCCAUCUCCCUUAGUCUUUUUAGUCUCCCUAACUGCUGAAACCUAAGAAUCUGCAGCCCAUAAAGGUUAAAGAGUGAGUUAACAGCUUGCAGAGUGAAUGAACCAAUAUAUAAAUCACACAGAACUGCAGAGUUUAGAGAGUUCUAGAUCUUUACUUUCCCAAGUGGGAGAAAUUUGUACGACAUUUGUCACACCUUUAUAGAUAGCAAUUGAAUUUGUUUAAAGACAUCAAAAAUAUUCACAUAAAAUAUGUAAACUAUUAUCCAUUUGUGUGCCUUUUUGUUUUAGGAUUAUGGAAAUGGGCUAUGUACAUUUGAGAAGCACCUUUAUCCAUACAUGUGGGUAAGAACAGUCCAAUUUUGUAUAAACAGAGGUUCCUUGAAGGUGAAAAACGGCCGCUUGUUUGGAAUCCUAUACACAUUACCUGUAUCUAGUAUAGAACAAGCUAUAUAACUUCCCACUGAGGAAUCUUACAUUUCAUUGACAUAUAAAGCUAAAGAGAACUAUAAAAAAUAGGUACUUCAGAACCUUCUAAAUGUUCUAAUGAAGUCAAUAUUAAUCUCAGAACAUGUGUAUUAGUAAUAAUUGCACAAAAUCUAUAAUUUACUAGAUCUUUAGAGAUGGAGUCAAUACUUCAUUUAACCUGCUAUUCACACUAAAGAUUUUUAACUUUUCCAAUAAAAUCUAACUCUAAAUUUUCAAAAAUCAUUCCUGAAUGCUACUUCUAGCAUUAUUUGUCAUGAUGUGCUCGUGUGCAAUAAGUAUAGCAUUUUCAUCUACUUAAACUCUACAUUCCUCUUAUUUUUCAAUUUCCAAAUUGAGAUGAUUAAAAGCAAAGGAUUUGUGUAACUUGAUUUUGUGGAGUUGUGUCUGCUGUUAAUGGAAAUAUAUAUGUCAAUUACUUAGAUGUUUGUUGAUAUGAAAGUGUAUGGGGUAGAAAACCCAAGUAUGUCCACAUGUUUCUUAUAGGUACACUUGAAACUAUUGAAUGUUUGGUCACAGUUCUCUUCACCUUUAUGGUAUGUAAAAUGCAGCUAGUUUAUACAAUGAAAAUCUGGUACUAUUUUAUUCGUGACUGAAAUCGUAGGAGUCUAGGAUGCUAGUCUUAUUUUUUAAACAAGUGAAACUUUGGUAGUUUUAGAGUGUAUAAUUUGUAAAAGUUUGUUUUGCCAAAAUAAAAGAUUCACACUACAUUUUUUUC